CCGCAAUAUGGAGUCCGCACAACUCACCAAAGCCCACGAGCACGUCCGUAAUGCCGCCACAGCCACGUAUGGCAACAGCAUCGCGACCGCGGGCCAGGAGCACGAGCUCGCUGCCACGGCCUUCCACGAGGCCGCCCAAGAUACCCAUAAUGCUGAGGCCCUUCGUAUCCUCAGCCUCCUCGAAGACCACCACCACAAGCUCGCUGGUCUCAUCAAAGAAGCCCCGCGGACGAGGGAGAAGAAGAGCGAUGCAAGCCAGGCUCCAGAGUCGGCUACCGCUUCACCGCCGCCGAAAGGCUCAGCGGACAGGACUUCCUCGCCUUCCACUUCCUCUCCAACCCGCGCGCCGUCUCGCCGCCGGCUCCCGCAGUCCUCCAUCGCCAGCAACCUCGCCGAGAAGCGCGGCAUCCCCGGCCCACGCAGAGGCACGCCCAGCGCCACUCCAGUGUCGGUUACAAACGCCCUGGCAACUCGCAAUGAGCGCCCGUCCACCCCGGUCCGAGACAUGCUGGAGCGCCAGUCGCGAAAGGCGGACACGAGUAAGCAAAGAGACACUCCGCAACCCCCAAAGCAGGAAGAGCGGGGAACAAAAGCUAGUCCUCCAGUGUCCUCUCCAACGGAAGAUAAUUUCAGGCGCUUCUACUCCGCAUUCGGCGGCGUCAUAUCAGCCAUCAGCGCGCCACUAGCCUUCACCUCUCUCCCUCUGAAUCCCACACCCCCAGCUCCAGCUCCCGAUCCUCCCUUACGGGAGAACAAGACCUCAAAGUCAAAGUCGAUGAGCAGAAACCAGUCGCCGGAAGCAGCUCGCACUGUCAAGUCCUCUGAGCCGGAUCUCGCGUCUCUAAUCAGCAAACCCGCCCUCCGCGCCCUCCGCGAGGACAGCAAUGCUCGCCUCGGUCCUGUGAACGAGUCCUUCUACCUCGUACCUACCUCUGGCGGCACCGUCUCCUACGCCAACAUCCUCCAAAAUCCCAAUGCGCCCCACCACCCGCACCACGCAGCCCAGGAUCCACGUCUCGACUCCAUCGACGAAGGCGAUAAUGAGUCCGGCUCGGGGCUCAAGUCCUCCUCUCACGAAGAAUUCGUCGACGCGCGGGAGUCUGUGGGCCCACCGUCUCCCACCACCCCUCGCCGUCCCCGCUCUCGUGGAACGACAACCGGCGGCGUCACAACAGCGCGGACGAUUGCCGCAGGCCGCGGCACAGGCCUCAAGACAAUGGAGGAACUCGCCCUAGAAAACGAGACCCUGAAGCAGCUCGUGGACAAACAGGCCAAGCGCCUCUCCAUGUGGGAAACCACUUCACAAUCCUCCUACAAAGCCCUCGCGCAGUCUUUCCGCGCCCGCAAGUUUCCCUCCGACCCCGCCGCCCUCGCACAAGCCCUCUCUUUCGGCUCAAACGCCGUGCCCGCUCUCCCCUCCCCGACAACACCGCCCCUCCCUCCGAUUCCCCCACAGUUCCAACAAUCCCCACCAGCUGGCCCAUCCACACACCCUACACAACCAGAUCCCGAAAUCACAAAGCGAAUCGCAGAACUCGAAGCCCAGCUCGCCGACCAAACAGCCAAGCUCAGCGAGCUCAAGAGCAACAACGAGCAGCUGACACGCCAGAACGAGAAGAACAGCCAGGUUCUGGGACGCUAUAGAGAGCAGUGGGAGAAAUUGAAGGCGGGGGCGAGACGGAAAGAGCAGGAGAGGAGGGACAGGAAACUCGCCGAUCUGAAAACAGGGGAGGCUGCCAGAGAGAGCGAGAGCGGCGAUGGUGAUCCAAAUGGUGAGGUCGACGAGGUGCUAGAGACGGAGGAGGCGGGCUUUGGGAAGGCGUAGGGGUAGAUUUCGACACUGGAGGGAGUUAUAAGGGACGCCAACAUAUGAUAGAUUUGAUACCCUUUUUGGCACGGAUAUAGCGGUACGGCACCAUACAUAUGCUUUACUGGCGCGGGCUUAGUUCAAUGCGCAGAUGGCGGAAGAGGACGGUCUCUGGGCAUCAUGUGCAGCUUCACUAGAUGGCAACGCCUCACACGAAGUAACAUAUCAUGUGAGAAAUCACUGUUAUUUCGAUUAUGGAAAGCUCGUCCGUGAAAGCGACAAAAGCGAUCCGCCUCCUACCAAUUUGCCGUCAAGCAAAAAUUGUUACUAAAG